AUGUCCUGGAAGCUCACUAAAAAAUUGAAGGAGACACACCUGUCUCCUCUGAGCUCAUCCUUCGGACGGUCAUCUUCUACUUCGACAAUCAAGGGUGACUCGAAUGGUGACGAGGCUACAACACCUGUGGCCUCAAACCCGCCCAGCAUCGCCUCCGCCACCCCGUCAACAAAUGGAAUUUGUAUGCAAUAUUCCUACAAUCCGAAUCUCGAUCCAGGAACUAAUCGUCUCAUCCGUAUUAUAGUGGCGUCCGAGUCCCUCGUAUCUCCUCCUGUGGCUACUGUGAACCCAGGUAUUCUCAUUGUCACCCUUCAUGAAGGGCGCGAUUUUUCACUGUCCCCUCAUUUCCAACAAAUCUUCAACUCGCAUUUCCAAAAUAACUCUUACGCGCCUUCCUCCUUACGUCCAAGCACCUCCUCCUCGUCUCACUCGGCUCAGAACCAAGCGGGUUCGUUUGUGCAGUCAGGCCGACCACAAUCUACAAGUGGGGGAAUCAACGCCGCCCCCACUAUCCACGGUCGCUAUUCCACCAAGUACCUUCCUUAUGCCCUACUCGAUUUCGAAAAGAACCAGGUCUUCGUGGAUGCUGUGUCAGGCACUCCGGAGAGCCCACUGUGGGCCGGCGAUAACACAGCAUUCAAAUUCGAUGUGUCCCGGAAGACCGAGUUGAACGUACAGUUGUACCUGCGCAACCCCGCAGCCCGGCCUGGUGCUGGGCGCAGUGAGGAUAUCUUCUUGGGCGCAUGCAAGGUUAACCCUCGCUUCGAGGAAGCCCAGCCUUAUGUGGAAGACCCGAAACUCAGCAAGAAGGAUAACCAGAAAGCCGCUCUGGCUCACGAACAGCAAGGGCGCCAGCUGGGUCAACAUGGAACCGAUUGGCUGGACCUUCAAUUCGGAGCUGGUUCUAUCAAGAUUGGUAUCUCAUUCGUGGAGAACAAGCAGCGCAGUCUCAAACUAGAAGACUUUGACUUGCUCAAGGUCGUGGGCAAGGGUAGUUUCGGCAAGGUCAUGCAGGUCAUGAAGAAGGAUACCGGUCGAAUUUACGCUCUCAAGACCAUUCGCAAGGCUCACAUUAUCUCGAGAUCAGAAGUCACGCACACACUCGCCGAGCGAUCAGUGCUUGCCCAGAUUAACAACCCGUUCAUUGUUCCCCUCAAGUUCUCCUUCCAAUCACCGGAGAAGUUGUACUUCGUGCUGGCGUUUGUGAACGGUGGAGAGUUGUUCCACCAUCUGCAAAGGGAACAGCGAUUCGAUAUCAACCGAGCUCGAUUCUACACCGCUGAGUUGCUGUGCGCUCUCGAGUGUCUGCAUGGGUUUAAGGUUAUCUACCGAGAUCUCAAGCCUGAGAACAUUCUUCUCGAUUACACUGGACAUAUUGCUCUCUGCGACUUUGGUCUCUGUAAACUGGACAUGAAGGAUGAGGACCGGACCAACACAUUCUGUGGAACUCCCGAAUAUCUCGCCCCCGAACUUUUGCUUGGCAACGGUUACACCAAGACCGUGGAUUGGUGGACUCUGGGCGUCCUGCUCUACGAGAUGCUGACAGGACUUCCUCCAUUCUACGAUGAGAACACCAACGAGAUGUAUCGCAAGAUCUUGCAAGAGCCCCUCACUUUCCCCAACAGUGAUAUUGUCCCACCUGCUGCCCGGGAUCUUCUCACGCGACUCCUUGACCGGGAUCCCGUGCGCCGACUGGGUGCCAACGGUGCCGCUGAGAUCAAAUCGCACCACUUCUUUGCCAAUAUUGACUGGCGCAAGCUUCUUCAGAGGAAGUACGAGCCCAGCUUCCGACCAAACGUGGUUGAUGCUCGGGAUACGGAAAACUUUGAUCGCGAGUUUACCUCCGAGGUACCCAAGGACUCAUUCGUCGAUGGGCCUGUUCUGUCGCAGACGAUGCAGCAACAAUUCGCCGGCUUCUCAUACAACCGACCAAUUGCUGGCCUCGGCGAUGCGGGUGGCAGUGUCAAAGACCCGUCCUUCGGAAGCAUCCCGGAGUAA